AUGGUUAGUGGAAAGAAAUGUCUGGUUCUAGGAUUGCUUGCUUUUUUAUGGGCUAAAUUGGGCAUCGAAGGCAAAGAAGAGGAGGAAGAACAGACCUGUCGCCUGCUGGGCAAGUUUGAUUUGCAUGGAUAUGUAGAUGCCAAAAACCAUUCACUUGUUAUCGGAGGACUGUUUCCUAUUCGCUCCAGGACCAUCCCAGCAAAUAAGUCUAUUUUGGAGCCAGUAUCUGCAAAAUGUGAAGGGUUCAGCUUCCAGGGAUUCCACUGGAUGAAAACCAUGAUCCACACCAUCAAGGAGAUUAAUGAGAGGAAAGAUAUUUUGCCCAACAUCACUUUGGGCUAUCAGACCUUUGAUACCUGUUACACUGUCUCCAAAUCCGUGGAAGCAGCACUGGUAUUCCUUACAGGGCAGGAAGAAAACAAACCCAAGUUUAGAGGCAGCACUGGGGCAAUGCUGGCAGGAACUGGUGGAGCAGGAGGAUCAUCCUUGUCGGUUGCUGCUUCAAGAGUUCUAGGGUUGUAUUACUUUCCUCAGGUGGGCUAUGCCUCUACCAGCUCACUUCUUAGUGACAAAUACCAGUUUCCAUCUUAUCUUCACACAGUGGCCAGUGAUAAGAUCCAGUCGGAGGCCAUGGUACAACUUAUCUAACAUUUUGGUUGGGUCUGGAUAGGCACCAUAGCAGCUGAUGAUGAUUAUGGAAAAUAUGGAAUAAAAAUUUUUAAGGAACAAAUGGAGAGUGUCAACCUCUGUGUUGCAUUUUCUGAAACCAUUCCCAAAGUCCAUUCUUUCUUUUGGCAAUUAGAUGAUAAUGGAGAGGUCGCCUUUGUAAAGGUUGGAGAAUAUAUAUUCAAAGACUCUAAAUUUGAACUUGUGAUGAUUAAGAAUGCAACAAUAUUUUGGAACACUGAAUCAUCAGAGCUUCCCCAUUCAGUGUGUACUGAUGUGUGUCACCCUAGGACCCAGAAGGGUAUUCAUCACAGGGAACCAAUAUGCUGCUUUGACUGCAACCCGUAUGCUGAUGGAUAUGUGUCACGGGAACCAGGUCAAAGGGAAUGUGAUCAAUGUGGUGAAGACUACUGGUCCAAUGCACAAAAGAGUGAGUGUGUGCUGAAAGAAGUGGAAUUCCUUGCUUAUGAUGAGGCCCUUGGAUUCAUGCUUGUCAUUCUCUCUGUCUUUGGGGCACUUGUGGUCUUGGCAGUCACAACUGCGUAUGUGAUACAUAGAUAUACUCUGCUGGUGAUGGCUAAUGGCCAGGAGUUGAGCUUUCUUAUUCGGGUUUCUCUUGUCAUCACACUGCUGUCUUCCAUGCUCUUCACUGGCAAUCCCUACGACUGGUCUCGCAUGGCCCGUCAGAUCAGUCUGGUGCUGGGGUUUUCUCUCUGCCUGUCUUGCAUUCUUGGUAAGACUAUUUCACUGUUUUCAGCCUACAGAAUUUCCAAAUCCAAAACUCCACUUAUAUCAAUCCACCCUCUUUAUUGGAAAGUCAUUGUGCUAACCUCUGUUCUAGUUGGAAUUGCCUACUUAGUAUUGAACCCCCCAAGGGUGUACAAGAACAUGGAACCUCAAAAUAUAAAGAUUAUUCUGGAAUGUAAUGAAGGUUCUAUAGAAUUUUUGUGCUCUAUAUUUGGGAUGGAUGUCUUCUUGGCCUUACUGCGCUUUCUCACAACCUUUGUGGCACGCCCGUUGCCACAGGAUAAUUACUAUGAAGGAAAAUGCAUCACCUUUGGAAUGCUGGUUGUUUUUGUCAUCUGGAUCUCUUUUGUCCCUGCUUACUUGAGCACCAAAAGCAAGUUUAAAGUAGCUGUGGAAAUAUUUGCAAUCUUGGCAUCCAGCUAUGGUUUACUGGGUUGUACACUUGCUUCCAAGUGCUUCAUUAUUUUGCUGAGGCCAAAGAGGAACAUGGAUGUAAUUGUUGGUGGAAGUGUCCCUGCUCUCCAUAAGAGCAUCCAGCUGACUUCAGCCUCCUCUGUGAGAAGCGAAGUCGACAAUAUCGCGGUGUCAACUAUCCUGGAUGACUAG